CCCGCACUCAUCUCGCAAGUCCGGAUGUCACGUCGGUGCAAGUCCUCGGGCGCUCGUACUUCAUGUGUCCGACCUUGCCCAUUUCCCUCUGUAUCCUGUUUACGAAGUCGGACACAAACACCUCCCGAACCUCCCGAAAUACACUGAGGUCGGUUCAGGCCUCUCCCCGACAACUCCACCCAUGCAACCCAUGCUCCUCUCCACCUUCGAUCUAGCUUCUCCCUUCGUUCCGCGUCGCCCUCACCUUCGCGCAAGGUACCACCUGCCAAAGCCUACGAUCCGAGGACGCACGUUAUCCUCCGAGGAGAGCAUGCGGUCACCUGCGCGAUAAGGUGCUAAUCAUCCACCAAACGCGUCGCGCAUCGCGUCCGCCUUAUGACCUCGCGGGGCAUAUAUAUAAGGACCUGUAUGGGGUGGAGGGUCGCUGCUUCCCCUGCCCGACAUGGUCUCUGCGUGGCUAGCUCUCACAGUCGCGGUGUUUGCCCGGGGCGCGCUGGGGUGCGGCGAGGGGCAUGACCAUGAACACACACGGCGCGCGUACCCGACGACGAAGCUGCGGCCUCCGUCGCGUCCUCUGGAAUGGGGCGACUUCAACGUCCUGCACACGACGGACACGCACGGAUGGCUCCUGGGCCACCAGAAGGAGAGCUGGCCUGAACCGAACUACAGUGGAGACCUGGGCGACUUCGCGAGCUUCGUGGCGCACAUGAAGAAGAUUGCGGAGGAGAAGGAUGUGGAUCUGCUGCUCGUGGACUCGGGGGAUCUUCACGAUGGAACGGGCCUCAGCGACGGAUACCCACCAGGCAGCGUGGAUGCUCACGACACCAAUGAGUUCCUCAAGAAAAUUCCUUACGACGUCAUGGCGAUUGGGAAUCACGAACUGUACAUCUAUGAGAACACUCUCGACAUGUACAACAACUUCGCCCCCGACCUCAACGGCCGCUACUUGUCCAGCAAUGCGAACAUCACGGUCCUUGGCGAGAACAACGAGACCAUCAACGUCCCAGUCGGAGAGCGCUUUACGAAGUUCACGACCCGCAAAGGGCGGAAGGUCACCUCUUUCGGUGUCCUUUUCGAUUUCACCGGCAACGACGACAACACGACCGUGCAAAAGGUCGAGGACAUGGUCAAGGAGAGCUGGUUCCUCGACGCCAUUCAGGAGGAGCCCGACGUGUUCUUGCUUGUCGGUCACAUGCCCGUGAGGGAGGACAACUGGCCCCUCGUAUUCGACGCUAUCCGUAAGGUCCAUCCCACCACGCCUGUCCUCAUCUUUGGUGGGCAUACGCACAUUCGCGAUUGUGUUCAGCUCGAUGGCCGGUCAAUGGCUCUGGAGAGCGGUCGCUACAUGGAAACGCUUGGCUGGAUGUCUGCGAACCUGAAUGGGAGCGACGACGGCAACAUCACCUUCAGCCGGCGCUACCUCGACCCCAACCGCGUCACGUACCAAUUCCACACCCUCACCUCGAACCACACCUUCGACACCGAGGAUGGCACGAACAUCACGCAAGGCCUGCUCGAUCUCGCUCAGCGUUUUGACCUCGACUACCUCUUCGGCACCGCGCCCAUGGACUACACCAUCAACCGCGUCCCCUACCCCUCCAACAACUCCUUCCCCUACCUCUAUAUCGCCGAAGCCACCCCAGCCGUCCUUAGCGCGAACAACACCGCGAACAGCUCCCGCCCCGCGCUCUUCCUCACGAACUCCGGCUCGCAGCGCUUUGACCUCUACAAGGGCCCCUUCACCAAGAACGACCAGCUGACGUCGAGCCCGUUUGUGGACAAGUGGCUGUAUAUGCCCGAGGUUGAGUACGGGGUGGCGAAGCAGGUGCUGGAUGCGAUGAAUAAUGAGGGGGCGGAUAAUAAGAGGCGGGGGUUGGACGAGAGGGAGUACGACCGCGCAACCUUUGGGCUGGGGAGGGAUACGGAGGUGGACAAGCGCUACAGGGCGUGGGUGCGGGAGAUGGAGGCACUGGUGCGGGAGGAGAGGGAGCGCGAGAUGCGGAGGGAGGUCGAGCAUCAUGGGCAUCAUGGUCAUGGUCAUGGUCACGCUGAGAAAAGCAUUGGCUAUGUGACGCGCGAUAACUGCCCCGGCACUGGCGACGACACCGAGCACGAGCCACUCGAGAGCUACGAGCUCCCGGACUUCAUCCAGUCCAAUGUCACCGUCAACGGCACCGCGUUCGAUGGCAUCUCCGACGACACACUCAUCGACUUCGUCUUCGUCGACUUCAUCGACGACCAGAUUGUGGACACGCUCAAUAGCAUCUCGGGCGAGGAGAAGUUCACCGUGGACGAUUUGGCGGUGUACAGCCCGGUGUUGACGAACGAGCUGCUGGGGAUUUACGCGCAGUUGGCGUGGAAUUAGGGUAGCCAAGUGCUUUGAACAUUGCAUGUGUCUGCGUUCCUUGUGACUUUAUAACUUCUGUUUCACGAGAUAUGAAUCUUCACGAGUCUGGACAGUCGACUGAAGGAAAGGGCAGGGCGUUAUUCGUCUUUUUUUUUUUUUCGUCUCUGCACUUUAUUCACGCAGCAGGUAUCUACAUAGUACCAAGACGCGCUAGCCCACCGGUGGGCACCUCCGCUUUAUGCUCCAU